AUGGCUCCUCUGCUCAGAGCCGUGGCUGCCUUCGCCGCUGCCGCCACUCUCGUUUCCCAGGUCACUGCGACUACUGUCGAGUUGCCUCCAUGUCUCAGCGCCUUCCAGCCCUUCGUCUACUCUGGUUGCUACGCCGAGAAGGGAACUCAGGGCGAGAACGCUCUUGACUUCCGCUCCUCCAUCGACCAGUCGACUACCACCACCGAGUCCUGCGCUGCCGAGUGCAAGGGCAACGGUUACCGCUACUCCGGUCUGACCUACUAUGGUGUCUGUUACUGCAGUGCUACUGUCAACAGCGCAAAGCUCGACGACAAGGUCUGCAACUAUCCUUGCAAUGGAGCCAAGAAUGAGACUUGCGGCGGCCCGUCUGCCUUCUCCGUCUGGGCUGAUCCCACGUUCCCCAACGUCGACGACACGGUCAUCAACUCUUUCCAGUCUAUCGGCUGCUACACCGACGACACCAGCCACGGACGCACUGUUGCUGAGCGCCAGGACCAGCUUUCUACCGGCAGCAUGACCCCGUCCGCCUGUAUCGCCGCUUGCGCUGCCGAUGGCUACCCCUUCGCUGGUGUUGAGUUCGGUCAAGAGUGCUACUGCGGUGUCGUCAUUGGCAACUACUCUGUGCCUACCACCAGCGACAAGUGCGCCACGCCUUGCACGGGUGACAGCACCAAGAACUGCGGUGGCUCUGCCAAUGUUGAGAUCUAUGCCUCCCAAAAGCUCCUUUCUCUGGAGCCUUGCGGCUACGUCCCUCCCGCCAACUCGCCGUCCUCUUCGCUCCCGGUCACGCUCCCUGUCUCUUCCGCCCCGGCAUCUUCCGUCCCUGCCACUUCGGCCCCUGCCAGCUCCGUUCCGGAUACUUCAGUCCCGGCUACUUCGGUCCCUGCUACUUCAGUUCCCGAUACCUCAGUCCCUGCUACGUCGGUCCCGGCUACCUCGGUGCCUGCCACUUCCGUUCCUGCUACUUCGGUCACUGUUGUGUCGACCACUUCCCAGGCUCCCCCUCCUCCUCCUCCCGCCACGACCUCGACUUGCACGACCUCAACCACCAAGCCCGUCGUCCCUCCCGUCUCUACUUCCAAGGUCGUGUCCUCCCAGGCUCCUCCUCCUCCCUCUACCACUCCCAAGCCUACUCCUAGCACCACUGCUCCGGCUAUGUGCACCACCACUGUGACCACCCCCGCCACCUGCGAGUACGGCUGCGGUAGCUGGUGCAACAAGAACCUCCCCGACUUUGACGACCAGGACAGCUGCAACAAGGCUUCCAACCGCUGCCUCCUCCAGGUCAACGCCUGCUACAAGGGUGCCGGCUUCCCCAACUCCGCUGCCUGCGUCGACUUCAAGGCUUGGUGCAAGGAUGUCUCCAGCUACUGCUCCAGCAGCUGCUCCGGCAAGAAGGGAUCUUGCGGCAAGAAGGACUGCUUCCAGAAGAAGCAGCCCAAGGGAUGGAAGCCUGGUUCUACCUCUGUUUCCACCUUCCCCUGCCCCUCCAAGCCUACCUCCACCUCUACCCCUGUCACUGUUGUCCCUCCUCCUCCCACUGGUAUCUGCAAGCAGCCCUCCAGCUGGCUCUUCAAGUACGGCCCUGGCAACCCUGUCGGUGGCAUCGAGAUCCCCAUCGUUACUUGCAACGACGUCGAGGUCGAGUUCAAGGCUGGCAACCAGUUCAAGCUCUACAUUGAGGCCGACACCAAGCUCUGCAAGGGUUACGGCAAGGGCAGCGUCCCCAACGCUUGCGCCGAGGCUUGCCAGGAGCAGUACACCGAGUGCCAGAGCGUCUACGCCCAGGGUUGCAAGGCCUACAACAACCGCCGCAGCGGUGGUGGCUACUCCUCUGCUCCCGACAUCGCCAAGCGCUUCUUCUUCGCCGACACUUUUACUGUCGCUCUCAACAAGUGCAAGAUCCAGUACCAGGACUGCUUGGCUGAGAACAAGAACGUUCUAGUCUCCAACAAGUGCGGCGUCUUCGCUGGCGGCUACUAA